CGUGACUGGAAUUAAAGAUGUCUGCCACAGAAGAAGACACCGAGCUCAGAGACCUUCUGAUUCAAAAUUUGGAAAACAGCGGCGUUCUUAACAAGAUUAAGGCCGAGCUUCGAGCUGCUGUAUUUCUGGCUUUAGAGGAACAGGACAAAGUGGAGAAUAAAACUCCACUUGUAAACGAGAAUCUGAAAAAGUGUCUCAGCACUAAAGACGGACGCCUUGCGGCCAGUUUAAUCACAGACUUUCUGCAGGCAUUCAAUCUCGACUUCACCCUUGCAGUUUUUCAGCCAGAAAUUAACACGAUAAAUGGACUGGACAGCCGUGAAUGUUUGUCCAAGGAGCUUGGCUUUUCUGAAUCUGAGGGGAAUAAAAGCACACCUCUGCUCCUGGAAUUAAUUAAGAGAGGCAGGAACAAGGAGAAGGUCUCUAUUUUCUCUGAGGCAAACCAGGCGACGCAUAUUCCCAAGGAACUGUCUCCUCGUCAGAUUGCUGAAGCACAAAAAAAAUUUGACAGCAGACGCAAGGAUAAGAGUGGUGGUUUGGGCAAAGAUGACAUUCUUGGCAUGUUCAUUGAGCUUUUCCCCAAAUUUAGCAGAGGGAUGCUCGAACGAUUUGUAGCUGAUGAACUCGAAGCCAAAGAUGCAAGUAAUUCGGUAGACUUCCAGGAAUUUUUGGGGCUUUUCAAGCAGCUUUAUUUUCAGUGCAGAAGUGUGGUUGCCAGUGAUGUAAGUGAUGGAGUUCACUCUGUGAAUAAGGUUCCUGAUGAGAAGAUCAGUUCAUCACUGACCAGCAAGGCUGGAGAACCACCAAGUCACAGCGAGUCCCUGGUCUCCCAGAAGAACAGAGCUUUUGUGGCUAGUGAAGGGUUCAUCACCAGCAGGAACGAACUGACAGCCCUGAGGAGACCUCUGGACCUGGGCCUGGAGGACGAUGACGAGGAAGGGGACUCGUUCUUCGACGAUCCUCUCCCGAAACCUCAGAAGACCUAUGGCUGUAGUUUACCCUCCACAGAUAAGCCAUACACAGGGCAGAGACUUUCUGAAAAGAGCUUUAGUCAGAAAGAUCUGUCUGCUAUAGGCAGUGACACUGAGGGUGACGGAGAGGACAUGUUCUCAGAUGUUGAGAACAAGCCCAGCACUAACUCUGAGCCCAGGAGAGUAGGAUCCACAAAGGCAGCUGGGAUAACUCCUUCACCCCUGUCCGACACCCCUCCCGUAAAGAGUGCAGAAAACGACCAAAAAGACCCAGUCUCGAGUAAAAACGACUCAAAAGACAAAGGCCUUCAGGAUUUAAAAACGCUGCCUGCAGAUGAAGAGCUUGAUUAUGAUGACGACUUCAACAGUCAUAACUCGAAGAGUGAGCCGAGCAUCAGCGAAGAGAUUGAAGAGGCCUCUAUCGAGGGACCAGAUCUCAGCGACAGGGUAACUCCUGACGAAUCUCCUUGACACGGCAUCAGCUUGAAGAGAUCACCCAAGACGUGAGCAUGUCUCAGACGAGUCCAGCUGCAGAUUACAUGGAAGACGUGGCGUGACACGCAGGAACACUUAAUAGUCCUUUUGUUUAUUUAUGUGUAUUAUCAUUGUGAAACUACAUAUCGCCAGUUCCUAUUAAAGCUCUAUUGUUCCUGGU